AUUCACUCUACUAUUUAAAGUAAAAGCAAAUAAUUUUAGCCCAUCAGUCCUGUGGGUUCUUUACAAUUUUUAAAAUAAUAAUAAUAAUAAUAAUAAUAAAAGAAGUUGUGUCUUCUUCCUUUUUUUAAUUUUUAAAAUGAAAAACUGUUUACUUUUAUUUGUGGUUUUUGAGAUUUCCUGUUUAUUGGAUAUGUGCCAUUGUCGUUCAUUGUGGGGACGGUUUAGAAAUUACGAGACAAGACGGAUCGGUCCGCUAUUUGACAUACCGAUAGAUAUGGAAACGUUGGAUGAAUUGGCAAGACUGCAGUUUAACUCCAAUUUAUUAUCAAACAUAAAUGAACCUGAAGAGAAUGAACCCAGAACUGUCACAAAUGAACAUAUGAGAAAUGCGAUCCCAUUUGGUGUUCGUCCGCGGAUUAGAGUUAACCCUACUGAUGUCACGGAACCUUUUGGAGCAACUGUUACUUUACACUGUCACGUGUCAGGACCCGGACUCGUUAACGUUCGAUGGGUACGUUCUGACGGCCAGCCACUGUCUUCACGUGCAAGACAACAUGGCCGCCACAAAUUGACUCUUUCUCGGUUGAACUUCCACAACAGUGGUCGCUACAUAUGCAGGGCGGCAAACAAAUACGGCGUAUCAAAACGAUCGGUCGUGGUGUCAGUAGUUGAUGAAAACGGUACCAUAUUCCAGCGGAUACGCAGACAGGAUCUUCAAACUAUUUUUAGAUAAGAGACACAGAAAUUGCUGCGUUAGUCUCCUGAAGACUCGAGUUCUACCAGUACUUUGCUGGUUAUUUCACAAUGCUUCGACAUACGCGUCAAAAGAAGUAUUUUAGCAGCAGUGAAAAUGAAGAUUUUGUAAAUCAGUUUUUCUUAUAGAACCAGGGACAUUGCGAGAAAGCGUAACCACUGUUAAGUCUACAGCUCUGUAGACUUUAUUUACACCACGGUGAGAAAAUAUGGUUUGCGAGGAGAGUCAGAAUUCGGAUUGUGUUUAUACAUACCAGAUUGUCUGAUAAUCAGUCUUUUAAAGUGUUUUUUCUGAUUAACAUGUAAGUUGUGAUGCACUCAUGGGCACUUUGCUUAGUACCAGGAUGCUGCGUGGAAUAGGAACAUGAGGUUGUUUAUGAAGUUGUACAGAAAAUUGGGAGGUUGUGUUGAACAUAUUUAAGAUGUAUGGACCAUUGGGAGCUUGUGGUGAACAUAUGUAUGAUGUGUGGACCAUCGAGAGGUUGUAAUAAACGUAUUUAAGAUGUGUGGACCAUUGGAAGGUUGUGAUGAACAUAUUUAAGCUGUUAAACAUCAGGAGGUUGAUGUGAUUAUUUAAGUUGCGUGGUACAUUGAGAGGUUGUGAUGAACAUAUUUAUGAUGUGUGGACCAUCGGGAGGUUGUGGUGAACAUAUUUAUGAUGUGUGGACCAUCGGGAGGUUGUGAUGAACACAUUUAAGAUGUGUGGAACACUGUGAUAUUGUGAUGAACAUAUUUAAGCUGUGUGGAACAUUCGGAGGUUGUUAUUAGCAUAUUUAAGUUGUGUAGAAUAUUGGGAGGUUUUGUUGAACAAGUAUUAAUGGUUAGUGGUGAGGGAGAAGUCGUUAUAACGGUCUUACAUCUCCUUACUGAGCCGCAAAAACUGGAGGCGUAGGGAACAGGUGGGGUGGGGUGGGGGCAGUCAAGGGGCAUCAGGUUACAAGGUUAUAUAUCCCCCGUUAAAACGUGAAUUAAUAUGUAGUUCCUUUUCCUCACCUUUUAUUCAAGUAUUGCCAGUAACGUCCGAUGCAUUUGUCUGGUUAGGAAGCGAUACUGGGAUGCGAACCCUGUACCUACAUCGACUGAUGUGUAUGGCUUUAGCAUUAACACCACCCUUUCAGGUGUUCAGUAUCGUACGAUGUUUUACUGACCGAUUCACACGGCUGGAGCCAUUGUUUUCACGUGCGACCAUAAACCUCUCCUCGGGCGCGAGUCGGCGUCAACAUGACAGGCUUUGAACCCGGACAGAACGCUCAUUGGUUCCGCUAGCUCACGACGCGAGUUCUUGGCGUGAUUAUAAUAUUUAACGAUCCGUAGCGAUCAAGCGAAAAGAAAACAAAAACAAAACAAAACAAAAAAAACAAAAACAAAAACCGGGAUGUGCAAAAACAAUAAUAAAAUGUCUUGUUUUAGACGGUGACGUGACCUAGACGGAGGAAUGUUGAAAUUGAGCAGUUUUGUGAUUUCAAGUUAAUGAACUACCCAUUAUACCCUUAAUCACGGAUAGGGUGGGGACAAAAAGUUCAUACUAUUACAGUAAACUGUUGAAAGGAAAUGAUAAAGUAUAAAUAAUGUAACGUGAAUCCUUUGGUGGGGCGGGAUGUAGCCCAGUGGUAAAGCGCUCGCUUGAUGCGUGGUCAGUUUAGGAUCGAUCCCCGUCGGUGGGCCCAUUUGGCUAAUUCUUGUUCCAGCCAGUGCAUCACGACUGAUAUAUC